GCCGCGUUGCGCAGUCCUCCGCCUUCCUUGCCUUCUCGUCCCCUUCCUUCCUUCCUUCCUUCCUUCCGCCGGGCGCGAUGGAGCCGGGACGCGGGGCGGCCGCGGCGCUGCUGGCGCUGCUGUGCGCAGUCUGUGCGCUGCGCUGCGGGCGCGCCCAGUACGAGCGCUACAGCUUCCGCAGCUUCCCGCGGGACGAGCUGAUGCCGCUCGAGUCGGCCUACCGGCACGCGCUGGACCAGUACAGCGGCGAGCACUGGGCGGAGAGCGUGGGCUACCUGGAGAUCAGCCUGCGGCUGCACCGCCUGCUGCGCGACAGCGAGGCCUUCUGCCACCGCAACUGCAGCGCCGUGCCCCAGCCCGAGCCGGCCGCCGGCCUCGCCCGCUACCCCGAGCUGCGCCUCUUCGGGGGCCUGCUGCGCCGCGCGCACUGCCUCAAGCGCUGCAAGCAGGGCCUGCCAGCCUUCCGCCAGUCGCAGCCCAGCCGCGAAGUGCUGGCGGACUUCCAGCGCCGGGAGCCGUACAAGUUCCUGCAGUUCGCCUACUUCAAGGCAAAUAAUCUCCCAAAGGCCAUUGCCGCGGCUCACACCUUUCUACUGAAGCAUCCCGAUGACGAAAUGAUGAAGAGAAACAUGGCGUAUUACAAGAGCUUGCCUGAUGCCGAGGACUACAUUAAGGACUUGGAAACCAAGUCAUAUGAGAGCCUGUUCGUCCGAGCCGUGCGGGCCUACAAUGGCGAGAACUGGAGGACGUCCGUCACAGACAUGGAGCUGGCCCUUCCCGAUUUCUUCAAAGCCUUUUAUGAGUGUCUGGCGGCCUGCGAGGGCUCCAGGGAGAUCAAGGACUUCAAGGACUUCUAUCUUUCCAUAGCAGAUCAUUAUGUAGAAGUCCUGGAAUGCAAAAUGCAGUGUGAAAAGAACCUCACCCCCGUUGUAGGAGGCUAUCCCGUGGAGAAGUUUGUGGCCACCAUGUAUCAUUAUUUGCAGUUUGCUUAUUAUAAAUUGAACGACCUGAAGAACGCGGCCCCCUGUGCGGUCAGCUACCUGCUCUUUGACCACAGUGACAAGGUCAUGCAGCAGAACCUGGUGUAUUACCAGUACCACAGGGACAAGUGGGGCCUCUCGGACGAGCAUUUCCAGCCCAGACCAGAAGCAGUUUGGUUCUUCAAUGUAACUACGCUCCAGAAAGAGCUGUAUGACUUUGCUAAGGAAAAUAUAAUGGAUGAUGAUGAGGGAGAGGUUCUAGAAUACGUGGAUGACCUCUUGGAGCUGGAGGAGACCGGCUAGUCCACAGCAAAGAGAAGUCCCUGGAUGUCCAGGGGACAUAGAUUCUGUCUGCCUUUCCCCAGUAGCCCACGUCGCUGAUACCUCAAAGCCUUCUCUUCACUCUGCGAAGUGAAAGGGAAGCCUCGUCUCUCACUACGUAUGAUAAGGGACGAGCCUGCCUUCCCCGUGACCACACCUGCCUCCCCACGUGCCUCCCACGUUCACACGGGCCUUUCUCACUAUUUUGGUUGGAAGCACAGUCCUUCAUUUUUCCCCCCAGAAAAUCACAAUUUUUUUUUUUAAUAAGAAAAAUACUCCUCAAAUUAGAUAAUUGUGAAAACCUAUCUUGGGCUUUCCGUUCUUUCAGGUUUUAGACUCCAUUAUCCCCAUGCCCUGAUUCAGGAAGACAGUGGAAGACACGGGCCAUACUUCUCCACACACACCACCCCCCCCCCCACCCCGGCCCCGUGACAGCGUACAAGUGGUCUGACCCGCACCAUUUCUGGCACCCACUGAAAGAGAAGCUGCGUAGAUAGUGCAGGCUCCAGAAAUGUGGCUUUUGCCCCACACUUCUGCAUCUCCAAAGUCUUACAAUGGUUGGUCGAUCCCUGGGCACCAUAGUCAGUUGCAAGUCUCAGAGUUGGAAAUGGAAGAAAGCAGAGGGGGUCCGGUCUCAUUCAUUUUUUCACUAAAUAUUUAUUGAGCACCUACUACAUGCUAGACGUUGACGGGGGCACUAGAAGUGCUGUGCAGAAUGACGGGGGAAAAAAUCCCUGCCCUCCAGAGCCUAUGUCCUCUAAGGGAGACAGACAACAAAUAAAUAAGAACAAAUGUAUAUAAA